UAGUGAUGUCUUACUACGUGACAGUAAAUAGUUUACGCAUAUCUCUCAGUAUAACACGACAACUGUGGUCUGUUGUUAUUGUGUUUUUUCAUUUGUUAUUACAUGGAUAUUGUGACAUUUACCAUUUUUCAAAUGAAAGCAGCAAGUUAAUCUGAUCAGUCAACAGACUAAAUCCACCAUUUUCUGUUCCUGGACUCUAAGCAGAUUACUUCAGAUCUGAUUACUCAUUUGAACUGGAAAAACAUGGACCUAGAAGAGCGAAGAGCGCCUCUCCUUUUACCACAAGCAGUUCCAGUGACUUCUCAAGUGCAGGAAAACUGUUUGAGGCAAGGAGUGAGCAAAGGCGAGAUUGUUGCGGAGGCGAAGAAGCAGUUGCAAUUAGCCGGUCCGUUGGUUUGUGUCAAUGUUUUAACGAAUUGUUUGCAAGUGAUUUCGGUGAUGUUUGUUGGUCAUCUUGGGGAGUUGGCUCUUUCUGGAGCUUCCAUGGCCACUUCAUUUGCUUCAGUUACUGGUUUCAGCUUGUUGAUUGGAAUGGGUAGCGCACUUGAGACGUUCUGUGGUCAGUCGUACGGAGGAAAACAGUUUCACAUGCUUGGCAUACACAUGCAAAGAGCAAUGCUUGUUCUUCUAAUUGUCAGCGUUCCCCUUGCAUUUAUAUGGGCGAAUGCAGGGCAAAUUCUUGAGUUCUUGGGUCAAGACCCAGAAAUAUCAGCUGAGGCUGGCCGUUAUGCUCGUUUCAUGAUACCAAGCAUCUUUGCUUACGCUAUUACGCAAUGCCACAUGAGAUUCUUGCAGUCACAAAACAAUGUAGUUCCAAUGAUGGUUUGUAUAGGAAUCACAACAUUACUGCACUUGUUCAUCUGCUGGAUUUUGGUGUUCAAGUCCGGCCUUGGGAAUAGAGGUGCAGCCUUGGCAAACGCAAUCUCGUAUUGGAUUAAUGCGUUGUCAUUGUUCCUCUAUGUCAGACUCUCUCCUUCCUGUAAAAACACAUGGACCGGGUUCUCCAGGGAGGCUUUUCAUGGAAUCCCCAAGUUUUUAACACUGUCCAUUCCUUCAGCUGUAAUGUUGAGCUUGGAAAUCUGGUCAUUUGAAAUGAUGGUCCUCUUAUCCGGUCUUCUUCCUAAUCCGAAACUUGAAACGUCAGUCCUAUCAAUCAGCCUUAACACAUGUUCACUGGUUUACAUGAUACCACUCGGACUUAGCGGUGUAGUUAGUGCAAGAGUUUCGAAUGAAUUGGGUGCUGGGAGACCGCAAAUAGCUCGUUUAGCGAUAUGCAUUGGACUGUCCAUGGUUGUUACAGAAAGCUUUUUGGUAGCCGCUUUCAUGAUCUUCGGACGUCGAGUUUGGGGCUAUUGUUACAGCAAGGAAGAAAAGGUUGUUAAAUAUGUGGGAGAAAUGAUGCUUUUGGUCUCAGUUUCCCACGUUUUUGACGGAAUUCAGUCCAUUCUCUCAGGUUCCAUUAGAGGCUCUGGGCGCCAAAAGAUUGGGGCCUUUGUGAAUCUGGCAGCUUAUUAUAUUAUUGGCAUUCCUUCUGCUAUAUUGUUAGCCUUUGUCUACCACAUUGGUGGAAAGGGGCUUUGGAUGGGAAUCGUAGUGGCAUUAGUCAUGCAAGUUCUAUUUCUUGCUGUCCUAACAAAUACCACAGACUGGGAGAAAGAAGUUAAAAAGGCUUCUGAAAGAGUACAUGGCCCAAAAAUUGCAAUUGAAGCAUUGACAUGAAACUAAUCUGGUCAGCAUGUAACUAAUUUCAUAUUCUAGAGAGGGCCAAAAGAGCAACAGAAAGGAAUUGGCUGAUAAUAUGGCUCUUUUUCCUAAAAGUCUUUGCCAGAUUUUAUUGUUGGGCUUAAGUACUUAAUAAUCUCAAUAAAUACUCAUCAAACGUUUACACUUGCUUAUUUAAUGUGAGAACAUGAAUCAAUGUACUGAAGGGCAUGCCCUAGACAAGUUAAUAUUGCGACUUGGUGGUCGAUUGUUAGCGUGGCUGUGUGCCCCGUAACUAUCGCUCUAGAAGUGGCUCCUUCAUUGUCACUGGGUCUCGUUGCUCUGGCCAUGCCGGUGGCCAAUUCCCACAAACUUCUUAAACCCGCAAGGAAUCUAAAA